AUGGAGCGGGCGCGCGGGCCGCGGGCCGAGGCCGACGCACCCGGGGAGGAGGAGGAGGAGGUGGGAGCGGCCAUGGCUGCCGUGGUGGCGGCGGCGGGUGGCGCGGGCCCAGCCUUCUUGCAGGUGGCCGGCCUCUACCGCGGCCUAUGCGCAGUGCGCACCCGCGCCCCGGGCCUGGGGCUCGUGUCAGCCGCGCAGCUGCGCGUGUUCCCGGUGCGCCGCAGCUCCGGCCGGCCCGCCGGGGGAGCAGACGGCAGCGGGGUCGGGGACGAGCUCGAGGCCAACCCCUUCUACGACCGCUACCGCGACAAGAUCCAGCAGUUGCGCAGGUCUGACCCAGCUGCUUUUGAGUCUAGACUGGAGAAGCGCAGUGAGUUUAGGAAGCAGCCAGUGGGGCACUCCAAGCAAGGUGACUUUAUCAAAUGUGUGGAACAGAAGACACUGGGGAAACAGCCUGUGAGCAGAGGAUUCACUAAGGACAAGACUCUCAGUUCAAUCUUCAACAUUGAGAUGGUGAAAGACAAAACUGCAGAAGAAAUAAAACAGAUUUGGCAGCAGUAUUUUGCAGCAAAAGAUACAGUCUACGCAGUUAUUCCUAAAGAAAAGUUUGAUUUGAUUUGGAACCGGGCUCAGUCCUGCCCAACAUUUCUCUGUGCACUACCAAGAAGGGAAGGUUAUGAGUUUUUUGUCGGGCAAUGGACAGGUACUGAACUCCACUUCACUGCACUUAUAAAUAUUCAGACCCGAGGGGAAGCUGCAGCCAGCCAGCUGAUUUUAUAUCACUACCCUGAACUUAAGGAAGAAAAGGGCAUAGUGCUGAUGACAGCAGAAAUGGAUUCCACAUUUCUGAAUGUUGCUGAGGCACAGUGCAUGGCCAACCAAGUUCAGCUCUUCUAUGCCACGGAUCGAAAAGAGACCUACGGGCUAGUGGAGACCUUUAACUUCAGACCGAGUGAGUUCAAGUAUAUGUCUGUCAUUGCGGAGCUGGAGCAAAGCGGACUUGGAGCUGAACUGAGAUGUUCUCAGAGCCAGGAUAAGACUUAG